AAUUUCAAUGGGUUCUACUUCGCUAGAAAUCGCUCGCGAUCAGUGGCCUGAACUGAGAAAUUUAUAUGCCAGUGAUCGCACAAAUCUCACUGGUUUUGACCUUAUCGAAUACUUUAUAAACUACAAGCCCACACCCAGUGUCGAGUCAAUUAAGAUAUAUACAACCGAUAAGGAUUGGAUUAUACAUGGCAGCUAUAUACUUACACAUCAUUUUGAUACCAAGGCAUAUAUUUACCUUGAUACCGUUAGAGGUUCCCUUGAAGAUUUAAGGUCUUUAUUGUGCUCUCUAAAUCCGAAAAAGUUCCAUUUGAUCUGUGGCUAUGAAGAACGUUUAAAGCCCAUAGUUGAGAGCUAUUGGUUACAUUUGGGUCAAGAUUUGGAAAAACUAGAACAUCAGGGCACUAUUGUCUAUCACCUGCCUAGCAACAAAGUUCCAAAUUGGGAACCAAGUUUGUAUCCCUCAAUUAAAGUUGCUUAUCUUAGCUCAAAAUAUGCUGACUUGGUCGACCAACACUGGGCUUAUCGCUCGGCAGAUUCUAUACCUUUGAUAAGGGGAUUUAUGGAGAACAACGUUAGUGCCGGUGUUUUCGAAACCCUUGGAGAACCCUUAGCUUGGUGUCUCAGAUCUCCUCAUGGCAGCCUGUGCAACUUGCACGUUCUACCUACACAUCGUCGUAAAGGAUUGGGAUCUUUGGCAGUGCUCUUCAUGGCACAUGAGAUUAAGGCCACAGGUUCUGAAGUUCUGGCCACAGUUGUCCCCGAAAACCAGAGUUCCCGAAAAAUGUUUGAGAAAUUAGGUUUUAAAGAUACAAGCAAACUGUAUUGGGCAGUGAUGCCAUCCACACCUUAA